AUGCCUUCGACCACUAAGAACGAUGCGCCGUCAGCUAUUAUGCGGAACCCUUGGGACGUCGCCCCAGGUACCUACACUUGUGCCAACGGCAACACUGUCGACCUGAGCGGCAAAACUCAUUUCUGGGACGUCAAUGCAGGUCAUGAUGUGCUCGCUGGUUCGACCAGCCUAGCGUGUCACCAGGGCGAUGGGAUGGUUGACGAUGCAUCGGAGAAUAGAGGAGACGCAGAUCGUACCCAUGCAGUGGCUUCCUCUAAGUAA